UCUGUAACAUUGCUUUUCACUAUAUGUUAGGAAUUUGUAUUACGCUGCUCGAAAGUUUUAACAAAGAGUGAUGCUGUGCAUUAAAUGAGUCAAAAGAAUUGUAUAAAAAGAUUAUAAAUGAAGUGGUGUUGAUCUGAGAAGAUUUUUUAUAUUACGUACUCUGCUGGAAUUUUUUAAUAAUGAAAAGUGAUGUUGCAUUGAAUGAGUCAAACGAGCUAAGUUAAAAGAGUGUUGAUCUUGGAAGGCUUCUUUGGUGAAGUCUUAUAGUUGUGUCGUGAUUUUUAUGACAACACCAUCUUUUUUUUUCUUUGCAAGGUAACCAAAAAAAUGUCGUAUAAUAUAUUGCUUGAGGAUAUGAUUCGAGAUGUAGGCGGGUGUGGUCGCUUCCAAUGGAUAAUGUCGGUAAUUGGACAAUCCUCAAAGUCUAUCGCGGCCUGGAGUAUGUUGGCAAUGACGUUUAAUGGACAGCAACCCGAUUUCAUGUGCAGAAGUUCGAGUAAACAGGAAGAAAAUUUCGAUAAUGUGUGCAGUCCAGAAAAUAUAACGGAAUGUGAUGGAUAUGUAUUCAGCGAUGACAUGAAUACCGUUGUGAAUGAGUGGAACCUUGUAUGUGACACUAAAUGGAUAGCUGCCUUAAUCACCACAAUACAGAUGUCCGGCGUGCUUGUUGGAUGUUUCAUUUCCGGUCAUCUUGGGGAUCUACUUGGCAGGAAGCCAACAUUCUUUCUGUCGCUUUUAAUUUUGAUCGUGUUCAACGUUGUAGCGUACUUUUCUGUAAAUUGGCAAAUGUAUUCGGCAAUUAGAUUCGUUCUUGGCAUGGGUAUAGGAUUCUUCCUGACAGUUCACUACAACGUCAUGACUGAGUUUGCACUGAGCAGAUGGCGUCCUCGCAUUGUAGCAGUUCCAGCUUGGGCGUUGGAAGCAGGUCUGUUUGCUCUUGCAGCAUGGGCAUUGAAGGACUGGAAAAAAUUACAUCUGGUAACUGCUGCUAUUGGUGUGCCGUUUUUGCUUACUUACUGUUUUGUACAAGAGAGCGCUCGUUGGCUUGUUACCAAGGGACGUUAUGAUGAUGCUGAAAAAGUGAUUUACACGAUUGCCAAAUUAAACGGCAAACCAAAACCAGACACCAGUAGGAUAAUGGAAGAAGCGGCUAAAAGUGACUCUGAUAGGAUGACGACACACUACACGGCUCUACAUCUCUUCAAAACAAGAGAACUGGUUAAAAUUACCACUGGCCUACUGUUUAUAUGGAUGUCAAUCAGUUAUUCCUACUAUGGCUUGACUUUUGGUGUAAACAGUUUGGCGGGAAAUUUAUACUUGAACAUGUUUCUGAUGAACAUAAUAGAAGCACCUGCUAGUUUCUCCAUCAUGUAUAUAGUCAAUAGAUUUGGACGAAAACACUGCUGCAUAUUUUUCUUCAUGUUUACUGGAUUGUGUGGGGUCGUUGUUGGCAUUAUACAAUACGUUGACACUCCACAUCGGGGUGUAGUCACAAAUGCCUUUGCUUUGGCUUCUAAAAUGGGGAUAGCGUGCGGAUGGGGAUGUCUCAUUGUUUAUACAACGGAACUGUAUCCAACUGUAGUCAGAACAAUUGCAUAUGGUCUGCACAAUACAUCAGCAAGAAUUGGAGGAAUGGUUGCUCCCCAAAUUGUGUUCUUGAAUGAUGAUAUACCCGGGCUUAUGUAUUUCCUCAGCGCUGUUCUGAUGAUUGCUUCAAGUCUCAUUUGUUUCUUGUUCCCGGACACCAAAGACAAAAUACUCGAGGACACAUUCAAAACUGAUCAGAAGAAAGCCAGUUUCACCGUUGCGAUGACAGUAGAUGCUCACAGUGCCAAUAACCAUUUGGAAAAUAAUAAUACGAAAUUGUGAUACUUGUAGUUUGAAUGCUGGACAACACGUUUGAACAAUCAAUUUGGUGUAGCUGUUAGAAGAAAUAAUCUAAUCACCCUUUGCAAAUAAUUUUUGAAACUUCAAAACGGUUUCUUAAAAAAAGAAACUGUUAUUUUAUACAGAAAUCUUUUUAUAAUACCCUGGACACAAGAACGCUACGAGUUCCGUACGAGUAGGAUUUUAGUCGAAUUUUGGCAAACUCGCACGGCGUCCGCACGGACAUCGUUGAUUCGUACGACCGUCGUGCAGAUUUUCACGAAAAUGUUUCACCGAGCUCUUGAGUUCUUUACUAGCUCGUAGAAAUUUACGAAGUCGGGAGCACAGUCAAUGUACGACGUCCGUACGAUAUUAAGGACAACGUACGGAGAAGUGUCUUUCUCUGAAAUGCUGGGUACACAACCACAUGUCUUACUACUUGUGUGUUUAUAUAUUGUGGGCCGGUGGCCUUUAAUUACAAAAUAAAAUUGUCGAGUUGAAUUGAGUUGCGUUGAACGUGCGAUGUCCGCACGGGGCUCGCAUGGCGUUACGAUCGGCUGAGUGGCUACAAAUGUACAUUUUUCAGACGUCGCAAAACUGGUUUAUUCUUAGUAGUAUAAGAACUGGGGGUUCUGGCGCAAUUUUUUCAAUUUUAAUUAACCACCCUCUUCUAAAAAAUCCAAAGUCGACCAAUUAAAAAAAACAAAAUAUUUUAAUAAAUUAUUUAUUAAAAUCUUUUGUUUAACCAAAUGAAGAAAACAUAUAUUUAAAAAUAAAAUCCAGAAGGAAAAUUUAAGAGAUUCUGUAUUUAAACUCCGCACUUAAAAUAGUUUAAAAUAAUUUAUAAUUGUUUGUUCAUUUACUCUUUGAUUGUUAACUUUUAGUAUUCUAUACAAUAAAUCAUACAACGGUACUUUAUCUUGUAACAUUUUAAUGAAAAAUAAACAAUAAUAACCACAGAGUGUACUUGUUUUGAC